AUGCAUUCUAUUUUUCGCAUCGCUAGCUUGAUGGCCUUGAUUGGCUACGCUCGAGCAGAUUUCGCAGUCGGCACUUCCGCAUCUCAAAAGAUUGUUCCUGAUACUGGAGGUGAUAUCUACAACACUGACGCAGUUGCUGUAUCAUACCCGGGCGGCUGCCUCGAUAACGUCCAGCAAUUCGAAUGUGUUUCCGAGAGGUGCCUUAUCGAAGGAUUCUUUGAAAUCCGAGGGCUGAAGACGGAGGAUCAGUACGGCUUUAAUUGGAAUGGCGAAGGAUGGGAAUUCUCCCAGAACAGCGAGAUCUUGGGCGUCUGCACCAAGAACGAUGAUGAAGGGUGCACUAAGACGGGAGUAAACUACUCACUUGGGUUCUUCUCACACAUGCUUUGUACCGGUUCCAUCAACUCUGGGUUUUAG